GGCAAGUCUGAGUUAUUUGCGAUCUGGCGGCAGCGACGCCUUCCUCUCUUUCGCCAACCGGAUUGAUUAGGAGAUGAGUUCGCCGGCGCCUCUGGCCAUGCGCGCCGCCAACAGAGCAGACACUUCCGACUUCUCCAGCGACGACCGUCGCCAUCAACAAACAAGUAAACAAUCCACAUAUCAAGAACAGACUUCUCACGGCGAAGACAUUCUACACUCGGACGACGACUACGAGCAAGACGAUGAUGAUGCCCUUCCCCAACACGACGACUUGUAUGACCAAGAAGACUCGGACCUCCCACCGCUACCCAUGUCAAGCGACAGCCUGCUCCACGUUACCAACGCCCAUACCGAUGCUCUCGACGAGCGUGAGAUGAGGAGGAAACUCAUGGAUGUCGAGUCCAGCUUCAUGCCCGACCUACUGUCCACACGCGUGCCGCAUGAAAGAACUGGUGCCGACGAUACCUACCUCAACAUCAAACAUCAACAAGACAGCGACAUUCCGCCCAUCCAUGAGCAAACCGAAAAUAGCAUUGACGACGAAGACGAUGAGCAAGAGAUGGAAGAAGAAGAAGAAGUCGCGUCGGUGGCUUCUGUUCCUGCCAUACACCCUUCCUCUCCAGCCGCUGCAGCCGCCGAACGCUCCUCGAUGCGUGCCGAACCUGUGCGACGCCAGUCUGAGAACGACCACGACCUGUCGACCGCCUUCACGAGACUCACUCUACGUUCAAAUGCAUCCAAAGAUGCCGACCAAAGAUCUUCGUCCUGGGACAUCAUACAACCUUCAACCUCCGAAGGUCGCAUCUUUUCCUUGUCCUCGAGAGAGACUGGCCCAGCGCAAUCGUCAAGAGAAGCCCCGCAAGAAACCACGUCACAAGAGCCAGAACAUUCCUUCCUCUCCACAACCUCAGCCUCGACUAAGCCGGAGGAUGUUCCCUUGCCAAUCUCAGACAAGAGCUUGCUAGACAUGAGCAGCCUUCACUCUGCCUCGUCGCAUUUACAGAAGAGACCAAGCUACAUGUCACAGAGAAACCCCAGUCAUCUUUCUGCAAUCUCAAACGCCGAUACCGAAUACUCCACCGGUGACUACGCUCUGCAGACAGGCGGUGCCAUUCCAGAAGAUCACUCCUUCAGCCACGGUCGUCCACUGUCCAGGCUCCCCAGUCUGGGCAGUGUCGUAUCAGCAAUGUCGAGGGAUAGUGAACCCAAUCCACCUCCGCUAAAUCGUGGCAAUUCUGUACUGGCGAGCAUCCGCGCAGAACGAGCUCUAGGAAGCUUGGAAGAGGAGGACAAGGUAUCCAUCGCCUCGGACCCUGUUACACCACGUCCACCGGACAUGUUCGAAUUCCACGCUCCUACAGACACAAUCAUUACUAGACAUGUGCAGAACAUCCAAGUGCCUGAUACUAUUGCAAAAGAGUACCGACAGCAGUAUCGUCCCAUCUCACCUGACAAGCGCCCCGCCUCUUCUUCCAAUGCUCUUACCUUUAGCAAUCGCCCAGGUGGCAAUUUGACCCUCAAGGAGCAGAACAGCAAGAUCGACAAGCUUACCAAGGAGAACUUUGAUCUGAAACUCAAGAUUCACUUCCUUGACCAAGCCCUGCAAAACCGUUCCGAGGAAGGUGUAAAGGACAUGAUCAACAAGAAUGUGCAAUUUCAGACAGACCUCGCCAACGAGCGCAAGGAGAACCAAUCUCUCCGUCGCAAGAUACGUGAUCUUGAAAAGCGACUCAAACAGUCUGAGCUGGACCUAGCUGAAGCUCAAAAAGCUGCCCAAGAAGCGGCUGGUAACGGCCACGAAGAGCUUGAAUAUGAGAUUCUACAACUUAGCGAAGAACUGGAUAGGAAGACAAUCCAGAUUGCCCACUUGUCUGCUGAGAACAUGGCCAAAGAAGUGGAGAAGCGCAAGAUGAAAGAGUACAUGACAGCCAUGAAUGAGAGACGUGGGUCCGAGCAUAAUAUUGUGGAAGAGGAAUCUGAGAUGUGGAAAGACCUACUUACGACAGAGACCGCUCGUAGGGAACAAGCCGAAGAAGAUAUCCGCAAACUUCGUGAAGAGGUCAUCAUGCUUAGAAGCGAGAAGGCGUCCGAAGCAAGUAGAGGACUCAACCCACACAGGAUGAGCAAGCUCCGUGCCCAGUCUACCGAGUCAGAGUACGCCGACAGUCGCAGCGGUGCCGCCUCAGCCGCCAGUUCCACUUUGGUCGACCAGCUCCAACACGAAAAUGCCGAAUUACGCCGCGACUUAGGCGCGCAGACAUCCAUGCUGACGUCUCGCAACCGUGAGAGAGAGCGCCUACAGCAGGAGAUUGAGGAUCUGAAGCUCCUUCAGCGCAGACUAGACGGCGGUCGCUCAAUGACAGGCGACAGCAUCUUGGACCGUUCCAUAUCUCGACAAAACCAUUACCAGCGAUCCACUUCGCGUACCAGCGGACAGACCCAGGCUACCAUGAGCGAUGCUGAAAGAGAUGGCUAUGAACAACGAGAAGGCAUGCUGCGCGAUCAGAAUGCUGCCCUUAGACUGGACUUCCAGGACAUGCAACGACAAUUUAACGACCAGACCGAGCUCAUAGCAGAGCUUGAAGAAGCUGUUCAGAUCUCCGAGAAUGAGCUGGAUGCUGCUGUCGAAGAUUUGAGGACAGUCCAAAACCAGCGUAACGAAGCGAUACAACAACUCGAAGCGACUGAGGUAGAGCUGGAGCUCGUCAAGGCCGAACAUGAGAAACUCAGGAUCGAAGCUGUUAGUGCCAUCGAAGAUCUGGAAGACAGUCUCGACAAGACCGAGCAAGGACGUGAGCGUAUCGCCUCUGACCUCAAAGAUCGCGAAGACGAUUUCAAGGCUCUCCAGCAUGAACUGCACAAUCUCAACGACAGUCUCGUACAACUCGAAGACGAUAGAAUGGCCGCUAUGAAGCGUAUAGAGAUGCUUGAACAGGAGCUGGAAGACGCAAACUCUGACUUGGACGAAAUGGAGAAGAACCUGCGCGAGACUGCACUGAAGAACAGCCGGCUUGAUGUUCAGGCAGAAUCUCUGCAUAACGAAAUCUCUUUCCUCCGGGAAGAGCAAGAAGGCGACAAGAUCAAGAUUGGCGAUCUGGAAAACAACCUCAACGCCGCUCAGCAGACGGUCCAAGAUGAGAAGGAAAAGAUGCAAGAACUCGAGGAGAGUCUUGUUGAGGAGCGUCGUCAACGUGAGAUCGUCGACAAUCAAUCGAAGCAAGAGGUUCAGAGGAUGAUUGACGACCUAAAUGACGAGAACGCAAAGUCGAAGGACGAAGUCAGAAGCGUCAAGCAGACUCUACGUCAAGCUGAGAGCGAAACCGCAAAGUACAAGACCAGAUUGGAAGAGCUUGAGACCAGCCUCAGACGCGUGCUUGGUGAUAGACGUUCUGGUUGGCUCCAAGAAAUCCAGAAAAUGCAGGACGAUCUGGAGAAUACCAUGCACGACCUCAACGAGGCCAAGUCACAACUGGCCGAGAAGGAUCGCUUACUACGUAAUAGAGAUCAACUUCUCGAAAGCAGCGGUCUUGAAAGUCGCAGACUGUCCGAAAUGCUGGACAAGGAGCGGUCCCUCCGCCGAAAGGACCUCCAUCAAUUCGAGCAGUCACAACGCGGCAAUUCGACCAAUGCACGCAUGAUGGCGCAACACGAAUCACGCGCUUUAGAUCUAGAAACAGCACGUAGCCAAGAUCGUCGCAAGAUGAUGCAGCUGGAGCAGCAAUACCGUGAUCAACUCGUCGAGCGCAAUUCCCUGCUCUUCACCCUGUGGACCAAGCUGUCGAACAUAUGUGGAGGAGAGUGGGCAUCUCACCACACAAACACUAAUGGCGAGCCACACUCUACGGAAACCAUCUCCCGCAACCUCUCACCCUUUACCCGCAAUAUUCUCGACGCGAUCAAGAAAAUCGAAUCCCUCAUGUCUGACUCAACCUCUCAAAUCCGCACCGUUGAUAAGAGUCUCGCCAAAGCCUACGCCAUCCUCGAGCAAAACCUUUCCAUCUACGUAAAGCGAAUCGAAUAUCUCGAACGCAUGCACAAAGAAGUACAAGUGGCUAAAGAACAACAAACACAAGAACUAGCCCACCUCCGCUCGCAGGAAAAAAUGAACAAGACAUCCUCCCGCAGUACAGAAGAGCUCGCGAAAUUAAAGCAAGAGGUUAAGGUCCUUCGAGCUGAAUUGCGCUUCUCGAAAUCUGCUGCUGAGAAAAGCGAUGGAGAGAAAAAAGGAGGAGAUGGCCAAGCGACGCCCAGAGCUAGUCUUGCAAAUUCUUUGCUGAGACACCAUUCGUCUUCUGCUAUUGAGACGCUGGCUCCACCUGCACUCGCCACUGCCGGUACACGCAAUCCAUCCAUAGUUCUCGCUUCUGCACCCCUUGCACCAAGCGAACAACGCUGGAUCCACCGUCUCAAAGAACUGGAACGACGAUUGAAGGCGGAGAGGGAAGGCAGAUUACUCGAUCGCAAGGGAGCGCGACAGAGGUUAGAAGAACGAGAUCUACAAUUAGAAGAUCUGAGAGGGUUGCUGGAAAGGGAAAGGGAUAGGAGGGGCAGUUUUGAAAGUGGGAGUGUAGAGGAUGAGGGGCAAGAUGGGAGGGAGAGUAGGAUGAGUAGAGCUAGUAGGCAGAGUCGAGCCAGUAGACCGGGUAGGGAGAGAGAUGGUAGUGUUGAUUGAGCCUACUGGAGUGGGGGUUGUAAUUCUAGACAAGGGGGUUUUGGUUUCUUCAUUUCUUGCCCCCUUUCUCGUUCCGUCGAGAGGGGACUCUUCUUUUUGUUGGCCAUAUUGGGCUUUAUACCAGUCUUUUUGUAUGCUUCGACAGAGACCUGCAAGGGUUCUAUCAUCAGACUAUUUUACACCUUUCUUACACAUUUCCCC